AUCUUACAAUGGAAAAUAUAACAAUUGAAUAAAAUGUGGUACUAUAAUAAAACCAUGGACUUUCUAUGUCUCUAACAGAGUGAUGAUGGAAAUGCAGAGGAAGAGGGUCCAGCCACUUCUCCAACAAACCUUUCCUCACUCCCUGUAAAGCAGCUGUACAAGACCUAUUUGAUCAAGAAAAUAAAAAAAUGCGACUUGGAAAUGGAACACUUCAAGCAGCAGAUCCAAAAGACCAAGAUUGAGAUUUUACUGCUGGAACAUCAGUUAAGGUUUCCCAGCAUGCCCUGGGUGUGGUGGUGGAGGUGAAUGAGGGGGUGAUGUCUGUCCUGCUGCCCUGUCAGAACAUGUGGUUUAGACUUGAGAAUCCCAGAGUGAUGUGGACUCGCAGUGAUCUCAAUCCCAAAUCUGUCCAUGUGAGACAAGACAAAACAGACGAUAACAGAGGACAAAACCAGCGUUACAGCGGGCGCACAUCGAUGAGACCUGAUGCGCUGGCCAUUUUUGAUUUCAGCCUCACUUUGAGCAAACCAACAAUAGCUGACAGUGGCAUCUACACCUGCUCCAUCAGUGAUGGGAGAGAAGAACGGAGACUGAGCGAUAUCCAGCUGCAGGUCAAAGCACCUCAACACAACUACGGCUUUUUCGUGCCUACUUUAGAGAUAUUGGAAUCCAUCAACACCAGUGUUCGCUUGAAGGACAUAUCACCAGACAUUGACAGGCUGAAAAAACAGAUCGAAGAGUUCGAGAGGUCGUGGAAAGAGAUCAGUGGCUGUUCAAAAGCUACUGUCGCCGUUGGAGGGUUUAUUGCGACGUUGAUUGUGAUCAUUCUAGAGUUUAUGUAUAUAUGAUCGGCACUUGGCUUGUAUGUGUUUAUGUCAAGUGUGGAAAUAAAAGAAAAUAUAUCAUUGCUUACAUGGCUUUUAUUAGUGCCACUUUAUUAAAACUGUUAUUAAAUGCAUAGUUGUAGUUAUUUUUAUACACACAUUUCAAAUGCGCUCAUAAAGAGUUGGCGCUCAGUCCUUUUAAGGUCCUAAGCUUCAUCUGGCGUGAAUGUCCAGACGAUAUAUUGUGUAAGGUGACUUGGAGCGCAAGAAGGCCAAUGCAAGCACGCUUACAGACACAAAUAAGUUCUAGGUCAGAGGUGAGAGAUACAUUUAGCUUGUAACUGCAUUUGUGCUUGCAUAGCAACAGUUGAUGCAGGAGGUGUUAAAGAUAAGCAUGAAAAGAACAAGUCAACGAGAAACAUCUGGAGGGUGAGACGGUUGAAACAAACAGCCAUGUAUGGUAAAAAUGUUGCAGAUAAUGGAAACUUGUCUGACUGUCAUUAACUGUAACUGAUGCAUAUUAUCUGCUUUGCUGACGCAAGAAGGGGCUAAACCCUGACAUAUCAAAACCAUUUUGAAGUGUGCUUUUUAGCGGAGAUCUACGCUGAUGAUGCUACAGUGUACAUCUCCCCACGCGUGUGUUCAAUAAAAUCAUUGUUUGACUGAACUCAUCUGGACCAGUUUUUGUUUGUUUUCAUCCUCAAUAUAAAAGAAUCAGGACACAAGGCACACCUUACCGUUUUUUGUUGUGUGUCUUGCAUUGUCUGUACGUAUUACUAUGUACCCCUGUGCGUGUCCCUACCUGUAUAACAUAUAAGCUGUGUCAAUAAAAGUCAACCACAUGAGAUAGA